GCUCGGUUUGCUUAAACGCUCGGGCCGCAAACACACAGACAGAUCACCUUCGACCGGAGACCCAAAGCCGACCCUUCUCCCCGAUCGUCCCAACCCUAACCCCGCUUGGCUCUCCUAUUUCUCUGCGUCCUCUUCGCCCCCUUUCUCGUCGAGAGGUAACGUCGCAUCUCGGCCGGCGCCUUCCUUCCCUCGAUCGGGAGGCGAGCGGUGGCACGAGGAGGUCGAUGGGGAACAUAUUCGUGAAGAAGCCCAAGAUUACGGAGGUGGAUCGCGCCAUCCUCUCCCUUAAGACCCAGCGCCGCAAGCUCGCCCAGUACCAGGAGCAGCUUGAGGCCGUGAUUGAAGCUGAAAAGCAAGCUGCAAGGGAUCUGAUUCGGGAGAAGAGGAAAGAUCGGGCAUUGAUUGCGCUUAAGAAGAAGAAAACACAAGAAGAGCUAUUGAAAAAAGUUGACGCUUGGCUUAUAAACGUCGAACAACAAUUGGCAGAUAUUGAACUGGCGAGCAAGCAGAAAGCUGUAUUUGAUAGCUUGAAGGCAGGAAGUGAUGCAAUGAAAGCUAUUCAAAAUGAGAUUAGUCUGGAAGAUGUUCAAAAGCUGAUGGACGACUCUGCUGAGGCAAAGGCUUAUCAAGAAGAAAUGAAUGCAAUCUUGGGAGAUCGCCUAUCUGCUGAAGACGAGGAGGAAGUUUUGGCAGAAUUUGAGAAUUUGGAAACUGAGAUUACCCUUCAAUCCAUGCCAACAGUUCCUGCCCAAUCAGUGUCAUCUGCACAAGAAACUAAAAGGACUCCUGAGGUACAGCCAGAAGCAGAGUCUCAAGCUCAGAGGGAAGAGGAUGAACUUCUCAAUCUUCCUGAUGUACCAUCUGGUGCACCAGUUCUGAGUGAUGGUGCUGCUGAAGACAUCUCAACUGGAACUCAAAGGAAAACAAAAGUUCUGGAGGAGCCACUACCUGCUUGAUUUUGCAAGUGAACUUUCAUGGGUGUUCAGAAUUGCAUAAUAAAUGGGUGAUCGCUGAAAUUUGUAAUAUUAAGGCUGAUAUUUUUUUCUUCCUUGUUUACAAUCUUCCUCUUCAUGCAUGUCUAUAUUUUAGUUCCAAGUUAUUGAACUUACAAUUUAGAGUGGAAAACAUAUGUUUCUACCGUCAAAA